AUGCAACAGUUUUCAUCUUGCCUUGGUGCUGUAAUUCUUUUGGCGCUACCUCUCCUACUACCACCUUGCUGUGAAGCAAGUGCCAUCGAACAUCGAGAACCAACGUCAAAGCGAAUUCCCACGAAACCAGCGAACGCGCCGCCAAUCGAUUCGAAGGCGAAACUGAUCAGCUUCAACCGAGCGCUGGCCGAACGCCUUCAGCAUGCCCAAACCGACCUUCGACCUCUGCAGAUGCGUGCCAUCAGCCUGCAACGCCGUUUUCUGUCCGCUCGCAGCCAUCCCGUCACAGCAGCAUCCCGUGCCGAACGAAACGGAUUGCUACGAGAUGCGCUUCGUUUGCGGACAGCCGUCGAGCGGAAGCUGGUGGGUUUUGGGGGUAUCGAACAGAGCUACCGGAACAUGCGCUCAGGAGGAUUGCCGCGAGGUUGGCUCGACCGGGACACCGAACGGCAGAUGGAGCUGAACGAGCGCGUCUACAAGAACAUCAUCGAGCUGCUGGUGCACCUGAUCGAGUGCCCGGUCAACAUCAUCCACGACAUUGUUGGACCUUCCGCCGAGACCACUCCACCACCCACCACCGUCGGUCCCGAGGAACAACCGGAUUACCCUUCCCCACCGGACGAUGCCGACUCGAACACGAACGUACUAUACGAUGUGGACGGAACCGAAGGGGCCGGUACGGAUGGGGUUGGCGAGCCCUGGCUGGAGGAAUUUCAUUACUAA